UAUUUUUCCAAUUUGAAGGUGUGGUCACACUGUAUGACAAGUCACUUUUACGUGUGAACGAAUAUUACAAAUUACUACAUAUUAUACAUAUGUACAAUUAAUUGACCAAUAUAUUUUGGUAUCGGACGACAACUAAUCAUGAUUAUCACCGUAAAAAACCUUCAACAGCAAACGUUUACAAUUGAGUUUGAUCAGAAUAAAACGGUUUUGGAACUAAAAAAGAAAAUAUACGAAGAGCGCGGGGCCGAGUAUAUUGCUGAAAAGCAAAAAUUGAUCUAUGCCGGUGUUAUACUGAUUGAUGAACGCACCAUUAAAUCGUAUGAUGUGGAUGAAAAGAAGUUCAUAGUGGUGAUGUUAACGCGCGAUGCAUCAGCUCGACAAACUGAAACAGAUACCACAAACAAAAUCCCUAAAGAUUCAAAGGUUGCAACAGCGGGAAAUGUUGAAAAAUCGGAGAUUAAACAUACUGAAGAUUUACCACGCAGGGAAGUGUCUCCCACCACCGCUGCCGUUCCUCCUCCAAGGCCAAUAUCCAAUUCUGAUUUAAUUGGUGAAUUGGCAAAUGCAAGUUUGCAAUCACGUGCUGAAUCGAAUUUAAUUAUGGGCGAUGAAUAUAACCAAACUGUUCUAUCCAUGGUCGAAAUGGGUUAUCCGCGUGAGCAAGUGGAGCGUGCCAUGGCUGCGAGCUUUAAUAAUCCAGAGCGUGCCGUGGAAUACCUUAUAAAUGGUUUACCUGCCGAGGACGGUAACCUAUUUAAUGUCAACGAAGAAGCGAUAAACCCAAGUUUGAUUCAAGUUUCGGGUCAGAGCAAUAUUUCAGCAGCAUCAACAGGCGAACGUCCAACGGAAUCGAAUUCAGAUCCAUUUGAAUUUUUGCGAAGCCAGCCACAAUUUCUUCAAAUGCGCUCAUUAAUUUAUCAGAAUCCACAUCUUUUGCAUGCGGUUUUGCAGCAGAUUGGUCAGACAAAUCCAGCACUCUUGCAACUGAUAUCAGAGAAUCAGGAUGCGUUUCUCAAUAUGCUAAAUCAGCCAAUUGAAGGAGAAACAGACUCGGGUUCCGGUGACUCAGUUUCUCGCGUUCGUAAUCCCACCCAGAUUUCAAAUAUAUUUGCAUCUGCAGAUGCGCAAGAAGAAGAAGGGAGAGGAACCAUGGCUGCUGGACGAAAUCCCACCGAUGCUACGGAAAACUUGGAUUUUGAACAACAGCCACCAGGAGCUGGAGUGGCAACCAUCCGCAUUAAUCCCCAAGAUCAGGGAGCAAUAGAAAGGCUAAAAGCCCUUGGAUUCCCAGAGGCACUUGUAUUGCAAGCUUACUUCGCUUGCGAAAAGGAUGAAGAACUAGCUGCUAAUUUCUUGCUUUCAUCUAGCUUUGAUGAUUAAGAUUUUGAAAAUAUGUAAAAAGUAACUAAAAUACACAAAAUACAAGAGAUAUCGUUACGAAUAAAAUUAUAAAGAUUAUUUAAACUGAAAA